AUGGUGGGAGUAGUGGAGGCGAAGGAUUUGCCGGUGGAGCCGUCGGAGCAGGAGUUCAGGCUGGGAUUGAAAAGUGGGAUCAUUCUCUGCAAUGUGCUCAACAAGGUUUACUUUGGAGCUGUGCCCAUGGUGGUGGAAAGUCCAUGUGAUUCUGCUCUGCUUCUUGAUGGGGCUGCAUUGUCCGCAUUUCAGUACUUUGAGAAUGUGAGGAAUUUCCUGGUGGCUAUGCAGGAAAUGGGAAUUCCUACGUUUGAGGCGUCUGAUCUAGAACAAAAAAUGAAAUAUUCUGAUAAGUUAGGACCUCAAUGGAGCAAGGAGGAGCUUGAGCAUUUUUAUGAAGCCUAUCGGAAAUAUGGAAAAGACUGGAAGAAGGUGGCCGAUGUAGUACAUAACGGAUCCAUUGAGAUGGUGGAGGCUCUCUACAUUACAAACUGGGUUGGUAGCGUCCAUUACUGUUAGAUUGAUUUAUAACUAGAAUCCGUAAAAAACGAGCUUUUUGUAAUUUAGGAGUAUUAUGGGCAAUUAUACCAACAGUUCUGUAUA